GCAGGGAGAAACUGAAUGUGCCAAGGAUCAAAUCAAGAUGUUGGUUCUGAUCUGGUCAGCUGUGCUUUUCUCUGUGACGGGCAGUGAUGCUGACACAGGUGAUUCAGAAAUGAGAAAUCCACACUGUGACAGAGAAUACUGCAUCACUCUUAAUGUGAGAAAGCUGACAGAAGAGGCUGGACUCUGUGUUGUGAUCCCGUGUUCUUUCAAGACUGCUGAAGGCUUUGAAACCCAACAUAUAGUGUGGUAUAAAUGUGAAGCAUCAGAAGCAGGAUGUGAUCGUCCUGUCAUGAUAUUUCACACCAACAAAAGCACUGAUGUUCAACCUGAGUUUGAAGGACGAGUGUCACUUAUUGAGCAUGUCAUUCAGAACAACUGCAGCAUCAUCAUCAAUAAUCUCAAAGAGUCUGAUUCUGGAUCAUAUCACCUCAGAGUUAUUGGUGAAGUGAAUAGGAAGACAGAUGCAUUUACAUUUAUUCCUAAAGUUAAUGUCUCUGUUAAAGGUCUUAAACAAAAACCCACAGUAAUGAUUCCCACACUGACAGAGGGACAGCAGGCCACUUUGACCUGCACUGCUCCUGGUCUCUGCUCUGGAUCUGUUCCUGAAAUCACCUGGACAUGGAGAGGAGCAGGAGGGACUGAAUCUUACAUUGCAAGGAACAGUACUGAUUACAAGACAGAGAAUCUGACAGCUUUCACACAGAGUCAUGUCUCAACUUUGACCUUUAAUGCUUUGGCUAAACACCACAACUCUAAUAUCACCUGCAAGAUCAGCUUUACAGAUAAAACAACUACAGAAGGGAGUUCAACUUUGACUGUGAACUACGUGAAGAAAAUUAAAAUCACUAAGGAUACAAGUGUGAAGGAGGGUGAAGCUCUGAAUCUGACCUGCAGUGUAGAAAGUUUUCCCCCAUCUCUGAUUAUCUGGUCUAAACAUAGUUCCAACAUGAGCCUGCACAAUGACACUGGAUCAGCAACUCUCUCCAUGCUGAAUAUGACAACGAAAGAUUCUGGCCAGUACAUCUGUACAGCUAAAUAUAUGAACAAUAUAGUCAACAAUACAGACAACAAAGUCAAUGUAACAGUCAUAUAUAAAAGGAAGCCUCAGAUCAUUGGAAAUACAACCGUUAAACUGGGAGAUGUUCUUAAUCUGACCUGCAGUGUCGAAAGCUUCCCUCCAGCUCUUAUAGUCUGGAGAAGUACCAACACAAACCUUCUGACUAAAACUGAUCUGCACAAUGAUACUGGAUCAGCUACACUUGUCAUUCAGAAUGUGACAGCAGAACAUUCUGGACAGUACAUCUGUGCAACCAAACAUCUGCACACAACUGUGACUUCAUAUGUCAACGUGACUGUGACAUGGUUUUCAAAAAUAGUGAAUGGCUCUGGAUGUGUGCUUCAGUCAGAGGUUUUGACCUGUGUGUGUAUCAGUGAAGGGUUUCCUUUACCUACUGUCAAAUGGCCAUUUCUGAAGAACAGCACUGAUUACUCUGUCUUUACCACUGUGUCAAACCACACAGUAAACAGCACAGUCAGUUUAACUGUGAAAAACAAUGGCAGCACUACUUUAGAAUGUGUCAGCAACAAUGGAAUGGGGGAAGCAGAAGAAAGUCUCACAAUCCAAAAAAACUUGCCAGACAAUAAUAUUUUUAGGCUGGAAUACCUGAACGUCAUCAUUGUCUUGUUCACUGGGACAAUUCUUGCAACAAUCAUUUGCUUUUUAGCUAAAAAUUGCUACAGUAAAAAACUGAACAUUCAAAAAUUGAGAACUUCAGAUGAGAUUUUGGAGAUGGAGACACAUCAAAAUAAACUGGUAUAUAAUGGUCAAGCAUUACAAGACAAUCAGACCCUGAGCUCAAACAGUGGGCCAAAGGAAGUGGAGUAUGCCAAUAUUAAUUUUUCCCUGCUGAAAAGAAACAGUGACUGGGUGGCAGCAAGGAAGCAAGAGAGCACAAAGACAGACUAUGCUGAAAUUAAGAAAGUGGUCGAAGAACAAUGGGAAGAUGAUGCUGGGGAGGAAGGAGACAUAUUGGAGGGACAAGAGAAGAAUGUGAUAAUGGAGCUGAAACAAUGUGAACCAGAAAGGGUAGAAGGGCGAGAUGAGGCAGUGAAUGAAAUGUGAAGGAUAUAACCAAUGGAAUUUGGGUAAUGUUUUGUUAUGGAGUUAAUUAAAACCAUUAUUAAGCUAUCAGAGUGUCCAUUUAGGAGCCCAAGAUGGAACCACCUCAGUGAUUAAUGCUCUCAGAUUGGUUUUUGAUGCUUUGAUUGAGAAGGAUAAAUAUAUUGGCAUAUCGGUCAUCCAAAAAUAUACUUCUUAAAGCCAAUUGUAGUUCCCAUUUUGAGCAAAUAUUUAUCAACUGAAAUUUUAAGGAAAAGGACAGGUCAGCCUCUCGCUCUCUCAGCUGUUUAUCACAUUCUAAUAAUAUUAACUAUUUGAAUUGAGCAAAAGAGAGACAGCAUAAAUUAAAAGGCAUUUAGAAUAAUGAGUGGGAAGACAAAGACAAUAUGUUAAAGCUAAUAUAUAUUAAAGCUAAGUUUAAAUGUCUUUCUUGAAACAAUCAAAACUUACCAGAAAAAUAUAAGCUACCUAUUGCAUUUAAUUAAUGAUAUUUGAUUAACUUCAUUGUUUUCACUCUUUGAUUUAUUAUAAAUUAUUUUUCCCCUCUGGCCAUUUCUUACACACACUAUUUGCAGGCAGAGUAAGCCACAUGGCCACCAAGUAAACAUGAAACAUCCUGGGCAUAAUAUUUGUUAGGCCCCAGUUAACUUUUUAUCAUGGUCUGAUUUUUUUU